AUGGAUCGUCGUGCAGGGCAAGAGAGGGUGACCCUCCCUCCCCUCUCGUCACUCACAUCUUCCAUCGAUCUCGAACGCAGGCGCGACCAUCAAACCUUUCAAGAGCCCAACGCAGCUGCGCAAAAUCGACCAGCCGAUCCUCGUGGCCUCGCUAUAGCCGAGCUCGACAACAGAGAUGAGCGUUUUGGACAUCAUGACCGUCGUCCUUUUACAGAUCUUCAUCCUCAUCCAACGAGAGACCCGCAACGAGUCUCGGCGGAGAACUCGUCUUCUCACGCUCCCUAUACUGGCUUGCCAUCCAUCUCUACGCCCUCGUCUUCUCGUCAUGACGUGCCAGGCCCCUCGAGAACACCCACCUUUCCCAAAGCUCCAGCGCGAUCCGUCGUCGAGUCGAAUCGACCUCGUGCCUACUCGUCACCGCACCGGCCUCACCCACAGUCCCUCGCACGAGGACCGUCUCUCUCCGUUGCCGCUGAACUUGAUCAGCUCCUCGAAGGACUCUUGUACGUUCAAGACAUCAAUCGUCGCCUCGGACUCGCGGUCGGUGACCCUGCAUCGCCGUCCAUCUUCCAUAGCCCUCGCGCUGCUGAGAUGCUCAACGAUAAGCUUCUUGACGAGCUGGAUACCUUGUCGUUCUUCUCUCAGAGCCGCGCCGAGUCGGUUGCACAGCAUCUCGGGCUUUUCACCUACCAGCCUCCCCGCACAGCCUCAUCUCAUUCAGGAUCAACUCGAGGCAUUGCGGACCGAGACAGCAGUUUCAUCGCGCCACCCCUUCCUUCGGGACAGACUGAUCACGCGCCCUGGCAUCCCAAGCCGUCCCGACAGCACCAACAUUGGGACGACCGGCGCCGUGCGGAUCUCGACUAUGCACACGACGCAGAGGCAAUCGAGCAUCCGCAAUCCCAAAGACGUCUUAGCGGGGGCGCGCAGGACAUCUCCUCGGCACCUUCCGAGCAUGCCGGGCCAUCAUUUCGCGCUCCAUCGAGAGCGAUCUCUCUCGAGUAUCCGCGGUCCUUGUCGCAACGUCAACACAGCGGUGCACCGGAGCGCGAUGGGGCAGAUGCGCCUCGUAUUGACGCAGAAUCGAGGCUUCCUUAUGGUCAGGCAAUGCAGUACCCCUAUGGGCAUGCAGGCAUGCUUCCCACGUACCCCGCAGAAGGCCAACAUCAGCAGCAGAUGGACCUGUUGGAUCGCAGACGCCUCGCCGGCAAAGGCAUGAAGAGGGUCCGAAAGCGAAAGAACGAGCAUCAUCAGGAGUGUCUCGGGUGUCAAGCGAAAGAGACGCCAGAGUGGAGGAAAGGCCCCAUGGGACCGCGAACGCUGUGCAAUGCGUGCGGUCUCCUCUAUGCCAAGCUCACCAAGCGCAAGCAGCAGGAGGCCGAAGCGGCUGCCAAGGCCAGCGGCAAGACGGCCGAAGAGAUCGUUCGAGAACGUGAAGAGUCGCCAGGAGCCAAGCAAGCCAGCCUGGAAGCGCUUCGAGCCGAGCUCAACCUGGUCAAUGGCCUGCGCAAUCGAUCCACUUCGUCCUCUGCGCCGCUCGGCGAUGCCACCGUGUUCGAAGCUCCAUCUUCGCGAUUCCAAGACGAGGGAUACUACGAGCCAGCUUCGAGUCGACCGUGGUCCGGUCGCUACCCUGACGAUGCGCAGCCUUUUGCCCAUCAGCCGCCUUCUCACCGCGCGGCGAUGGAUCCUAGCCGAUCCACCUCGCUCGGUCAAGCCGAUAACUUCCAUGCCUUGUCUACCCGUCCGAUGGAACCAAGUGCUGGUCCAUCGGCCUCUCGGGCCCCUUUCCUGCCAAUGGCUAACACGCGACCGUACACGGGAGGUGCAGCUGCCCCCUCGCUUCCCCUGCCACUCAAUCCAGGUCGCCAACGGUCCAGCACGCUGCAGCCGCCAGCGACUCAUGGAUACGGCUCGUCCAGCUCCGAGGCACACCGUCGGCAUCAUCCCUAUAUGUAG